ACAGGAGAGAGACCCUUUAAGUGUCCUGAGUGUGGGAAGAGCUUCAAAAGAACUUCUGAAUUGAACCAGCACCAGCGCAUCCACACGGGGGAGAGACCCUACAGGUGUUCUGAGUGUGGGAAGAGCUUCCAAAGAACUUCUGAUUUGAUGCACCACGAGCGCAUCCACACAGGGGAGAGACCCUUUACAUGUCCUGAGUGUGGGAAGAGCUUCAAAAGCAGUACUGAAUUGAAACAGCACCAGCGCAUCCACACAGGAGAGAGACCCUAUAAGUGUCCAGAGUGCGGGAAGAGCUUCAAAAGAAGUUAUGAAUUGAAGCUGCACCUGCGCAUCCACACAGGAGAGAGACCCUAUAAAUGUCCUCAGUGUGCAAAGAACUUUAAAAGCAGUUCAGUAUUGAAGCGCCACCAGCGCAUCCACACAGGAGAGAGACCCUAUAAAUGUCCUCAGUGUGCAAAGAACUUUAAAAGCAGUUCACUAUUGAAGCGCCACCAGCGCAUCCACACAGGAGAGAGACCCUAUAAGUGUCCAGAGUGCGGGAAAAGCUUUAAAUACAGAUCUAAUCUCAACACUCACACGCACAACCACA